CACUUCUGUUCCCAGCCACAUAAUUUCCCUCCAUGAUCCAUGUUUCUUUUCCAUCUUGACAGAUAUUUUACGUACUUCUAAAAGUAAAAACGUACAUUUUUCCCACUUUAACAAUUUUACAUAAAAUCACACUAUUGCUUGUUUUGCCUUUUAAAAUAAAAAUACAUUUUUGAAAUUGUUCAUAUCAGUACACAGAGUUUCCUUUGUUUUUAAACAAUUGUGGCUUAAUUUAGGCAUAGCUGUGCAUUUGUGUGUCUUUCACAGAGAGAAAAGCUAUUCAGCUUAGUUAUCUGUUAUUAUGCAGUCGUGUUCUAACUUAGCUACCAAUUCUAACCCUUAACCAACGGAUAUUCAUUCAUCCAUUCAACAUUUAUUGAGCCCCUACCGCGAGUCAGGCGGUGCCUGGGAAUCUGUAUUCCCAAGAACAAAAGGCAGCUCCCCAGGCCACAUCUAGCGGGUAAGAAGCUGGGCACCCCCUCCGCCCGGUCCUUCCUCUGCGGCCUGCGAGCCCCACCCGGGCCGCGGUCGGCGCCCGCCAGGCGGGGCUGGGGAGAGGCGGGCAGAGGACGUUGGGCUCCGCGCGUCCCGGCGCGAGUACGAGGACGCGGCAGGUGGGGGCCGAGCAGAGUGGGGCGCUGCCCCGACCCCCGGAGCAGCCGCUCGGUAGAGCGGGGUCGUCGGGGUGCGGGGAUCCCCGAGGCAAUUUCGGGGCAUCAGUCCACGGUGAUAGUGGACACUCGCCCGGCGCUUGUAGCCUCCGCGCCGCGAGCGGCCCGCAGGGACUUCGGAGGCUACUUUCUGAACUCUCUCCCCUUUCCACAGAUGGGGAACCGGAGACCCACAAUCGGCCCAGGGGAGUCAGGGCGGUGCUGACAGGGCUGGUUCACAGCGCGUGCAACAGCUGAGCAGACGGAACUCGAUUAAGUAACCAGGCACGCCAGGUGCCCACCAGGACCUCGGGCAGCAGAGACUUCAGCCGCCGGGCGGGUGGUGGUACCGAGGGCGGGGCGGGUGGCGGGGCCCCAGCCCUUUAAACUCCCUGCGCGCGGGAACCGCGGCCCAACAACCAACGGCGGGCGGGGCCGAGCGGGGCGCGCGCCUCCACCGCCCAACGAUCACCCCCCCGACCCCGCCCCGCCGCUGUCCAAUCAGCCGCCCUCUUGCCGCCCUCCCCGCCCUCCCCGUUUCCCUGGCCCGGACGAACCACGCGGAGGGACAGCGGGGCGGGGCGGCAGGCGGGUGUGUCCGGGCGAGUGCAGACGCCGCGCGCUCCACUGGAGUUUCGAACGCUGUUGGCCCUCCAGAUAGAAAAAAAUAUAAGAGCGGCGGCCAAUGGCGAGGUGGGAAGGACCCGCGCGCAGACCCGGCCCCGCCCCGGCCGGCUGGAAAGAAGGCCAGGCCUGGCCAUUGGCUCGCGCCGCCUGUCACUCGCCGGUGCGGCCAGCGGGCAGCGGCCUCGCGGUGACUGGUUCCGCCCAGGCGCGAAAUGUAACGCGGGAAAAGCCGGGGCAGGCACCGCGGCGGCAGGUUGUUAUUUUUGGGGGCUCAGCGCCGCGCGUCCUGCUUUCCUGUCACCGCAAGGGCCGGGCCGCCCGCUGCUUCCCACCGCUGCAGCCUGCGCUGCGGAGUACAAAGAGCGGAGGGCGCGCUUGACCUGGGGCUGGGGUCCAGCCCUGCCGGCCGGUGCCGUCCGCUCAACUCGUUAGGUGGCUGCUGCGCAGGAUUCCGGGAAACGUCCGUCUGCCAUGAGCCGGCAGGACUGAGCCGGCGACUCGGAGCAGAGCGAGCGAGGGGCAGAGCGGUGCUCAAGAGUGCGGCCCGGGGCCGCCGGAGCUGCGGGUCGGGCCGGGCGAUGAUCCGGGGCGUCGAGGCACCCAUGGCGGAGAACCCGCCGCCGCCCGUCAUCUUCUGCCACGACUCCCCGAAGCGGGUGCUGGUGUCGGUCAUCAGGACGACCCCGAUCAAGCCAACGUGCGGCGGUGGAGGGGAGCCGGAGCCGCCGCCGCCGCUCAUCCCCACCAGCCCCGGCUUCAGCGACUUCAUGGUGUACCCGUGGCGCUGGGGCGAGAACGCACACAACGUGACGCUCAGCCCCGGGGCCGCGGGGGCCGCCGCCUCGGCCGCCCUGCCUGCCGCCGCAGCCGCCGAGCACUCGGGGCUUCGUGGCCGGGGCGCGCCCCCGCCCGCCGCCUCGGCCUCCGCCGCUGCCUCGGGAGGUGAGGACGAGGAGGAAGCGAGCAGCCCAGACAGCGGCCACCUCAAGGAUGGAAUCCGACGUGGUAGGCCCAGAGCAGAUACUGUCCGCGAUUUAAUAAAUGAAGGAGAGCAUUCAUCCAGCAGAAUCCGUUGUAACAUCUGUAAUAGGGUGUUUCCACGGGAGAAAUCGCUCCAGGCUCACAAAAGGACUCAUACAGGUGAGAGGCCCUAUCUGUGUGACUAUCCAGACUGUGGAAAAGCCUUUGUUCAAAGUGGACAGCUCAAAACACAUCAGCGUCUUCACACCGGGGAGAAACCUUUUGUUUGUUCAGAAAAUGGCUGCCUGAGCAGAUUCACCCAUGCAAACCGCCACUGUCCGAAGCACCCCUAUGCCAGGCUGAAGAGAGAGGAGCCCACGGACACACUCAGCAAACAUCAGGCUGCCGACAACAAGGCCGCGGCCGAGUGGCUGGCGAGGUAUUGGGAAAUGAGAGAGCAGCGCACCCCUACCUUGAAAGGCAAGCUGGUUCAGAAGGCUGAUCAGGAGCAGCAGGACCCUCUGGAAUACCUUCAGUCUGAUGAGGAGGACGACGAGAAGAGAGGGGCCCAGCGCCGGCUGCAGGAGCAGCGGGAGCGCCUGCACGGAGCCCUCGCGCUCAUAGAGCUUGCCAACCUGACUGGGGCGCCACUCCGACAGUAGCUUGGACACUGACUCUUCCACUGUACAAAAGUACUGCCCAGCGUACUUAAAAAGUAGAUCCUUGGGCAUAAGCUAAGCACCUUAUUUGCUUAUCAUAGGCUGCUAUUCUGUAGAAAUUUAUGAAGAAUGUUAUUGCCCCAGAAUAUGGGGUGAGAGAGAACUGCACUUUUUUUAUAUGGAAAUGAAUUCGUUGUAAAGUUUAAAAUAUUUUGUAAAUAUGGACUGCACAGUACAGGGUAGAAAACUACAUAUUGUGGGAAGCUAGAUUUUGCAAGUUUAAUGCAUUCAUUGGAAGCAGUUCUCACAGGAAGCACUUUCUGAAUAAGACACUUGUUUGAAAAACAGAAUGGUACAAAUAGCCAAAGAAGGUUAAAACAGAUUAUUUAUAAGAUCAUUUUUAACAAUAUAUAUUAGUAUGUUUAACAAUACUGUAAACACUGAAGCAAGCAAGAAAGUAUAAAAUAUGUAAGAUAGAUAAUUUUAAUUGCAAAAUACUGUGCCCACUAAGGCUACAGAAAUGGGAGGCUGACUAUUUUGGAAGAUGUUCUAAGUAAUGGACUUAGAAGAAAAUAGAUAUUUGAGGCUCUUGGUAAGAUGCACAAUAGUUCAGAAUUUUUGAAAUUGGAGCAAAAUCAGUCUUAUUCUAUCUUUCUGGGGCUUUACAACUCAGUAUAAUGUUUAAGUUUGAAAAGCACUUGUCAUCCCUAGCAUGUUAACUUGGGAACUUUUGCACAUUUCAUAUUUCUCAUUUGCUGAAAUUGAGUGAUUAAUCUUGCAAAGUCUAGGUAACAUAGUAAUUGGUAAUUUUAAAAAUACAUAUUAAGGGCCCUGUAAUGAGAUUUGGCACUUGGAUUUUUUCUAAAGGGACACCUACAGGGUUGUUUUGUAGUGAAAUGUUUUAGAUCUUUUGUUAGCAAACACUACAUUUUAAUUGUACUGCUUGUUUAGAAUUAUUAGCAAAUGGAAGCCUCCAUAUUUAUAUUUUCAGUGCAUAAAGCCACCUUCUUGCUUUACUUCAGAGUAACAUGCCAAGCUAUUUUGUGUUCACUAAAUUUAGCUAUCAGUUAAACACUGCAGAAAAUAUUAGCUACUCAAAUAAGUAGGCUUCUGAAAUAGUUUUAACUGCAAGUGUGUUAACUUGUGUGGUGGUUUUAAGCCAUUUUUCCAAAUAAAGUUAUUAAACACCACUUUAUGUACUGAAGCAUGAACAGAAAAAUCAAGAGCUGAGCAGACCACCUCCUUUAUGUAGGCAAAACUUCCAUCAUUUUGGCUUUUGUUCUAAACAGAACUAAAUGACAUGCAUAGCAUGGUAAUUUACAGAUUGCUUAAUUGGAGUAAAACUUAGAGUAAUAGAGGGAAAUAUGGGCUCUUCAGUGCCUUUUUAGCUUUUUUGAGUUGAAGAGGUUCCUACAGAUGUAGUUUAAACAUUACAAAGUAGGCUUCUUUAUCCAAAAAUCCCAAUAUGUCAUAGUACACAGAUAGUUUAAAAUAUGUAGCCACGGGGAAGGGGAGGCAUGUAAAUGUCUUGAAGAGGAGAAAAAGUAUGAAAGAAGAUACGAUAGUUACAAAUAAUGUGUAUGACGAGGACAUACUUUAAAAAUGUAAUUCCUCUGUACAGUAAAUUACAAAUCUUUAGGGAUUUUUUUGUAAUAAGAGAAUUUAUAUUUGUAAUGGUUUAAGAAUUUUGUUUGUAAUGUGGUAUAUAGAAUUUUAAUUUGGAGCACUUAUAAGCUGGUAAGAGAGACUAUAGCAUCUGAAUUAUCUUGGUUUAUGUUUCAGCAUUUCCUCUAGAAUUUUGGCUCUCAAAUGUGUGAUUUAAUGAACUAAAAACAACACUCAUCAGUUUUGGGAAAUUUGAACUUCGAUCAACUUAACUAAAGAAGGAAGGGUAGUAAGAAUUUUUCAAAUACAAAUAUUUGCCAAUUCACAGAUGAUAACAUUUAAGGCCUUCAAAAGUAAGGGUUUUUCCUUGUUUCUCCAGUCAGCUUUUGUCAACUCUAAUAUAGUUUUUUCAUAAACAUUUUUUAUUUGUAUAAUUGCAACAGUUUAAGAAAUUAUCACAACUAUUUAGAAACAUUUAAAAUGUUCUUUUUGAUAUAAGCUAUAUACUUGGAAAAAUACAUUGGUAUCUAAAAUUUGAGGUGUGUUAAGACUGCUUUUUGUUUUAAAAAAUGUGGUUUACAUUCAAAUUUUUGAAGUGUUUUAUGCUUCAUAUGGCUAAGUUGUAGUUUGGCAGAGUUAACAGCAUAAGAAUAAACAUGCUGUAAUUUUAAAAGAUGCUUUGAAUAAAAAUUUAUUUUAAUUU